AUGAUAACUCACUCAAAAUCUCUCAUCCAUUGUCCUAUUCAACGCUCCGAUGGGAUUGUCCCAUGGCUUCCCCAAAAAUUGGCCCUUCCCCACAUUGUCUCAGCUUUAUCCAUUGUUCCUGAGGAACCUUCCUACUACAUUGAAGCCUUCAAAUUUCUUGAGUGGUGCAUUGCCAUGAAUAUUGAGUUUCAAGCCCUUCUUAAAACUUGGGAUCUAGUCCCUGCUUCUUCUCAACUCAAUGUCUUAGGAUCCAAAUGGGUCCUUAAGAUGAAAUGGCAUGCUGAUGGUUCCCUUGAGCGGUGCAGGGCUUGCCUUGUUUCCAAGGGGUUCCAUCACCAGGCCGUCAUCGAUUACAUAAAGGCUUUUAGUAAAUCUGCAACCAUCAGGCUUCUCAUUUCACUUGCUGUGCAAAAUCAAUGGCCCUUUCAGCAGCUUGAUGUUUAG